AUGACUAGAAAGUUUCUUCAGAUAAACCUUGGUCGAGGAAGAGAAGCACAAGAUCUUAUGAUGCAGAAGGCAGCAGAAGACGAUAUAGAUAUAGUGUUAGUUAGCGAACCAUAUGGUAAAAUAUCAUCUCUCAAUUGGUACGAAGAUAUCAGCCACCGUGCAGCUAUAAUAAUAAGAAACAAAAAUGUAAAUGUUAAAGAAAUUGACGAAAGCAACAUUGGAUUUGUAUAUGCAACAGUCGAUAAUGUGAGGAUCUACAGUUGUUAUUUUUCGCCUAAUACAUGUCACGAAGAAUUUGCUGCAGCUAUAAUCAACUUAGAGGAAUCUAUUCGAGGAGCGAGAUGUAAGGUUCUGAUUGGAGGAGAUUUCAAUAGUAAAUCCCCUGAAUGGAACUGUAAUAUACUAGACAAUAGGGGUGCAACAGUGAGCGAGAUGAUUGGCAGUCUCGGUCUUACUGUAUUCAACGAAGGUCAAAAAUAUACUUUUAGGAGACCUCCGGGAGGAAGUAUAAUUGACAUUACAUUUGGAACAACCAAUUUUUAUAAUGACAACAUGAAUUGGAUGGUACUUGAAGAUUUUACACUAAGUAACCACCAAUACAUUACAUUUUGCAUUGACGAUAAUUCUGCUUUAGCACAAAACGAUAUAAGUCUUCCUAAGUGGAAUGUUAGGAAACUUAAAGAGGAUAAAUUAGUUGACUAUACUUAG